GACGACGUCCACUCCAGUCGACAUGAAGGUAGAGAAGAGAGUCGCAACAAUGCUUCUCACUGUGGCGGUGGAUGUCGCCACCGCAGAGGUCCGCGCGAUCACGUGGUUAUGUCUUCUCGCACAUUCAUGAUGGUUCCGCUGCUGCUGACUGAUCUUGGCCCAUUGACCAGCGCCGCAUUACACUCAGCCACUCUUUCUUUGACCACCACCAUCUAUAUUUCUCUUGUCUGGAUCUGCGACUACAGCCCGCUAAGUCUAUCUCAGUCGAUUACUUCUUGCUCGUGCGUCAAACUUGGAUAUAAAACGAGAUGGCAGACAUUCCGGCGAUGGGUAUGCCUCUCCUGAGUGGGCCACCUCCACCUUCGAACUCUUCUCGGGCAGAAAUCAGCUGUCGCAAGUGUAAUAAGGAAUUCAACCUGCUAUUCACGAGGUCACAUCGGUGUAAUCACUGCGGCUACUCUUAUUGUUCUUCAUGCUCAGAUUACCAAGCUCUCAUGCCGCGUACCGGUCCUGACACCGGAUACGAACCUGUCACUGUCUGUACAUUUUGUAUAGGCAAUCUUACAAUCACCGCCGGAGGGCGUAAUUAUCUCAAGAGUUUGCCGCUUGCACGAUUGAAGAAGUACGCGGACGCUUAUAAUAUUAAUACGGAUGGUAUCCUAGAAAAGGACGAGCUAAUCGCCAGGAUAGUGAACAAAAGGAGUUCAAAUGGUUGCCUCCCGCGAGCGUGCGAGGAAUACUACAGGCGCAACUCAGUUCCUAAUCGCCAGACAGCUCGUCCACGAAGUCUUUUCGACAGAACCCUAGGAACCGACCGACCGCCCGCCUCUCCGCCAGCUACACCCGUACCCCGACGUCCCUCAUCAUCAUCCACCUUCGCACGCCCAGAUCUCGAACCAUCUCACCAAAAUCCUCCCCCACACUCUCGAACCUCACAACCAGGAUACGCCCCGCCACCCGGUCCACCCCCGACUCAACACGCGCCGAGACCACAAUACCCGCCUCCACCACGCCAGCGCACAUCCUCGACUCAGAAUCCGCAUACCCAGGGCCAAUACCCACCGUAUAAUCCACAUACAAGGCCGAAUACAGUUCACCCUGGCGCGGGUGGGAAUCCAUACCCUAAUCAACGGCCACCGCAACCCUCACGUCCUGCCUCCGCAGGCCCACGCACUCCCCAGCCCACGACUAGACCAUCGCCACCGCCGCCCGUUCCAACACUCGAACAGCUUCUCACAAUGACAGACGAUGAUAUCGCGAAAUUGACGAUUGGGACGCUGAAGAACGUGUUGUUCCAGAAUCAUGUGAAUGCGACGUUGAUGUUGGAAAAGAGCGAGUUGGUGGGGAAGGUGAUGAGGUUGGUUGAGGCAGAGCGGACGGAGAGAAGGGAGAGGGAGGAGGAGGAGGAGAGAGAGAGGUUAAGGGAGGAGGAAGAGGCGAUGGAAAGACAGAGGGUCAUGAUGGCGCAGCAUCGGGAGAGACAAGAGAGGGAGGCACGAGAACGGGAGGAGAGAGAGAAGAGGGAGAGGGAGGCUCAAGAGAGUACUGGCGGAGACGAGCCUCCUGUGGUUGUAGAAGGGGAACAGACCGUGGACGAAGAGAAACCACCUGCGACUGACGAACGUCGCUCGGAAGAGACAACGCCAACUGCUGCACCGUCGACUCCACCGAAACCAAAGACGACUGCCCCACCUGUGCCACCGAAGUCUCCUGCGUCUAUGGCCGCACAUUUAGAACGUACUGGUCUAUGUGUCAUCUGCCAGGAUGAGGAGGCAAAUAUCGCUAUCGUGGACUGCGGGCAUCUCGCGAUGUGCAGAGGUUGUUCGGACCUCAUCAUGGGGUCUACGAGGGAAUGUCCCCUUUGUCGGACUAGGAUCGUCACAGAAGCUCGGUUACUUCGGAUCUUCAAGUCUUGAGACAGCCAGCUGUCUCGUCGCGAUCACCAUCGGCCAAGACUGUAGGGUCUUGAAAUCUUGUUGCCCUUAGGAGUCAUCAGUCAUGAGGUAUUCCACCUAAGGAUAAACGUUCGAGUCAUGCCCUUUCCCUCUCUCUUGUCUCUCCUCACAUGUUAUCCCCAUGCAAGGACCACCUCACUCUAGCUUUCGCCUGCCUUUCCUCUCUAUAUCGCUUUCAUCGGAGUCUUGUUGCGUCGUUCGACUGACACGGGUUUAUGUCUCAACUUGUACUACCUCACCACACUCAUACUUAUCGUCUCGCUUUCUGUGCUGUUAUUGCUGAUACUUAUUGCUGGUAGAAAUCAAUAUACGAUAUUCAAUCUCC